AUGCCACACAGUGGGGAUCCAUUCACAUGCACUCUUCGACUGGGCAAGUUUCCACAACCAACUUGGGCUGUGAGAGGUCAUUCUGAUGUCUCGGCAUUUCGCCCAGUACCAGUUCGGCCGGUUUCUCCGUUGCGCUCUCCGGCUUCACGGACACAUCCGACCGUCACCAAAGACGCGGAUCGCCCGGCAACAUUGCAAUUAACACGUAGCCAUCAGACUUUGAAGCCCCGCUACAUGUUGAGUAUUCUGAUAAUGAAGCGGGUACCAACGGAGCCCGCUGCCUGCCUGGGC